ACGUACACGAUGCUGUCCAUGGUUGCAGUUUAGGGCGCCCUGCCGCGGUGCCGCCGGUCGACCUACCGCCGGUGACUGAGCGUGGAGGUGGCCGCCGGACGGCCGGAGCGACUCAAUUUGGCGAGCACCAUCCAGCAGGAGCGGGCACAAGCCAUCAAGCCCCACGCCGGCCACGCGACCAAGCCCUAGGCGAGCAAACGCCGGCCGGAAACGGCCAGGCUGCGGGCGAACGGCGGCGAUCCGAUCAUCCGGCGUUGGCACAACCAUCAACUACUCCAAUUGCUCCCAGGCAGCUGCAAAACUGACGGCACCAUGAAUCAGAGAAGAAUUGAUCUAGUUUUCAAAAGAAAAAGAGACGAGGCAAAUGAAGUUGAGGAAGACCAGUCUGUACUAGCUGAUCAUCCAUUACCUUUGCUUGAAUUACAACAUCCGGCACCACACAAUCAAGAUGAAAAUCAGUCAAAUGAAGCUGUUAUGUUUGAAGGUAUUGAUUUCUUGCAGAGAGACCCAGGAUUACGCCCGCAGAUUUGGCAGUAUCCACCGGACCAGAGAGAUGCUGUCCGCCGAGCAUAUCUGAUGUUGGGUCCUAUGCAACCCCGUCUAGAACACUAUGAGCCUUCAGGUGAAAAGGGGCAUCAACGCCGCUUCAAGUACAAUUGGUUUAGUCAAUUUCCCUCAUGGCUAGAGUACUCACAGGACAAACAUCGUGCAUAUUGUUUGUUUUGCUUUGUCUCUGCCAAAAAGGAAAACACACGAGGUGGUUCUCAUGUCUUUACAGUUAAUGGAUUUGAUAGCUGGAAGAGGGUUAAUUGUGGGAAGCAUUGUGCAUUUUUAACACACAUAGGUUCUGGACCAUGCUCAUCACACCACAACGCAGCCGCAGAUUGUCAAGCUUUACUGAAUCAACCAUGCCACAUUGAAAAUGUCAUUGUGGUGAAGGACAAGGAGAAAGUAGAAAGAAACCGUUUGCGGCUGAAAGUCUCAAUUGCAGCUGUUAAGUGGCUCACCUUCCAAGCGUGUGCUUUUAGAGGGCAUGAUGAGAGACCCCAGUCAAAGAAUAAAGGAAACUUUCUUGAAAUAGUGGAUCUUCUUGCAGAAUUUAACCCCGAGAUUGCCAAAGUGGUGGGGGGGAAUGCUCCGUAUAAUUCAAAAUACACAUCGCCCAAAAUCCAGAAAGAGCUCUUGAGUAUGUUUGCAUGUAAAAUCAGGAAGCAUAUCCGAGCUGAAAUCGGGGAUUCUAAGUUUUCCAUUUUAGUGGAUGAGACAUGUGAUGUAGCAAAGAGAGAGCAAAUGGCCCUAGUUCUCAGAUUUGUUGAUAAAGGUGGUAUUCUGCAAGAGAGGUUCUUUGACUUGAUACAUGUAGCAAACACAAAGUCUUUGACACUUAAAGAUGAAUUGUUCGCUGUUUUAUCAACACAUGGUUUUGACAUUCAGAAUCUUCGAGGACAAGGUUAUGACGGGGCCAGCAACAUGAGAGGUGACUUGAAUGGACUGUAAGCUCUUUUCCUCCAAGAAUGCCCAUAUGCCUAUUAUGUUCAUUGUUAUGCCCACCGCUUGCAACUUGCUCUAGUUGAUGCUUCCAAAGAAGUUGUUUCUGUCUCUCAGUUUUUUCAGAAAUUAGUCUUCAUCAUAAACACCGUUGACUCCUCUUCAAAGCGCCAUGACGAGCUCCAUAAAGCCCAACUAGAUGAACUAGAAAUUGCAAUUGCUAAUGCUAGCGUCGAGACAGGUCAAGGGGCAAACCAGAUCCGCUCACUCAAGCGACCAGGAGACACAAGGUGGGGUUCUCAUUUUGGUUCAGUUUACAGCCUGAUGGAGAUGUUUGGUGUUGUUUACUCUAUUGUCCAAGAUAUUGCUGCUGAUCGAUCAAUGGGUUCACUUCGUGGAGAUGCAGACACUUGUUUCAGCUACAUGUCCUCUUAUGAGUUCGUAUUUACCUUAUGUUUGAUGAAGGAAAUAUUUGAGAUAACAGAAUUGCUUGGCCAAGCUUUACAGAAAAAGUCACAGGACAUUGUGAAUGCUAUUCGUCUAGUGUCUUCAACAAAAGAGUGUCUUCAACAGUUGAGAUCAGAUGAUGGCUAUGAAGAAUUUAUUACCAUGGUUGUUGAAUUUUGUGGAAAGCAUUCCGUUGAGAUUCCUAACUUCGAAGAAAUUUACAUCAUGCGGGGUGGUCGUGCACGCAAUCAGCCUGAUCAGCUCACCAAGGAGCAUUACUUUCGUGUGGAACUAUUUCGGGCAACAUUGGAUACUCAACUAUUUGAAAUAAACCGCAGGUUCAAUGAGAAGGUAAUGGAUCUUUUAUCUACUAGUGCUACUUUGAUUCCUAGAAACAAAUUUAGAGGAUUCAAAGCCAGUGAUAUAUGUGAGAUGGUGAAAAAGUACUACCCAGCAGAUUUCACCCAACAAGAUAUUUAUGGAUUGCAACUUCAACUAAAACAUUUUGUUUCGGAUGCUUCCAAGGAUGAAGAGUUGAAAAACAAAUCAACCUUAAUCAGUCUUUGUCAAUGCCUUGUGGAGACAGGAAGACAUGCUGUCUUUAAUUUGGUUGAAAGGUUACUCCGAUUGCUCAUUACUCUUCCAGUUUCAACAGCGAGUGCGGAACGUGCCUUUUCUAGUAUGAAGAUCAUCAAAACAAGGUUGCGCAAUAAGAUGGAAGACGACUAUCUUGCAAAUAGUCUGUUAGUGAAUAUAGAGGGUGAAAUUUUGGAGACCUACAGCUAUGAAGAUGUCAUUGAAGAUUUUAAGAAAAAGAAUCGGAAAGCAGAUCUGUAGUUAUGCAACUCCAUGUGACCAUGUGUCCAUACCUUAUGACCAAGCUGAACCUUAGAAAUUUGGCCUGCUUUAUUUUGUUUUGGGGUACUUCUCAUAUAUAUAUGAUCUGAUGGGUCAAAUGUAUGCAGUAUAUUGACUAAUUCCUAGUUGCCUACAAAUCAACAAAUGUAUAUGGCUUAGAUUUAUAAUUCUUUGUGUUUUUCUUUA